UGGAGUUCUGGUAUAUGACAAGAGCUUCUGGAUCUGUCUUCUCUACCCUGUUGCUCCUCUAGAAGAGUAUAGUGACGUGAACUCAAACAUACCUGACUGCCUCCCAAAGAAAAUGUUUAACUCUGUUUUUCAGAGUUGUUAGAGUCACACCAGCCUCUAGGAGCCCCCAGGUCCUGGUGCUGCAGGGACAUGCCCAAGUCUUGAGGGCAGGUAAUUGUGAUCAGAGGAGGACCACACAACUGUGAAGCCUCUCAUCAGAGGUUCUGGCAGUUUCACUGGAAGUGGAUAAGCCCAGUCAGGCGGGCAUCAUUAUGCCACAGCAGCUCCUGAUCACCCUGCCCACCGAGGCCAGCACCUGGGUGAAGUUGCACCAUCCAAAGAAGGCCAAGGAGGAGGCGUCUCUGUGGGAGGAUGUGACUAAAAUGUUUGAGGGAGAAGCUCUGCUCUCUCAGGAUGCUGGGAUGAUCCAGGGAAAAUAUUUAGAGGAUAAAGUGACCCCUGGGUGCCUGACAGCAGAAUCCCAGGAACGGUUGACCUUCAAGGACAUAUCUAUUGACUUCACCCAGGAGGAGUGGGGGCAACUGGCCCCUGCUCACCAGAAUCUGUACCGGGAGGUAAUGCUGGAGAACUACAGGAACUUGGUGUCAGUGGGAUAUCAACUUUCCAAACCUUGUGUGAUUUCCCAGUUGGAGAAGGGAGAAGAGCCAUGGAUGACAAAGAAAGAAGGCCCAGAUCCCAGUUCAGACUUGAAGAGUAAAAGGGAAAUCAAAGAGUCAACGGCAAAAAGUGCCAUUUCACAGGAACCGUUAUAUUGUGACAUUAUGAUGGAAAGGUUUAUGAGGGAUGAUAUCAUUUAUUCCACAUUGGGAAAAGUCUCCAGAUACGCUGAUGUGUUGGAAAGGCACCAAGAAACCUGUGUGAGAGAUGUGAAACAAACCAUCUUGACCCACAAGAAGAGAGGCCAAGAAACUAAGAGCAUUAUGGAAAAUCUCAUUGUGAGUUCAAAUAUUUUGAUAGAACAGAGGCGCCAUAAAUGUGAUACACCUAGAGAGAGGAGCAAAUCUAAAUUAGAGUUGAUUAAUCGUCCAACGAGUUGCAGAAGAACAAAAACCUAUGAAUGUAAUAUAUGUGAAAAAGUCUUCAAACAACCCAUUCACCUCACUGAACACAUGAGAAUCCAUACUGGUGAGAAACCUUUCCGAUGUAAGCAAUGUGGAAGGGCAUUUAGUCAAAGUGCAUCCCUUAGUACACACCAGAGAAUCCACACUGGUGAGAAACCUUUUGAAUGUGAGCGAUGUGGCAAAGCCUUCAGGCAUCGCUCGUCACUUAAUCAGCACCAUAGAACUCACACUGGGGAGAAACCCUAUGUAUGUGAUAAAUGUCAGAAGGCAUUCAGCCAGAACAUUAGCUUGAUUCAACAUUUGAGGACGCAUUCUGGAGAGAAGCCCUUCGCUUGCAGUGAAUGUGGGAAGACCUUUCGACAGAUCAGACACCUCAGUGAACACAUAAGAAUUCAUACCGGGGAGAAGCCCUACGCAUGCCCGGCAUGUUGUAAAACCUUUAGUCACAGAGCGUAUCUAACUCACCACCAGAGAAUCCACACUGGGGAGAGACCCUACAAAUGUAAGGAAUGUGGGAAAGCCUUUAGGCAGAGGAUACACCUGAGCAACCAUAAAACUGUUCAUACAGGAGUGAAAGCAUAUGAAUGUGACCGCUGUGGAAAAGCCUAUAGGCAUGAUUCAUCCUUUAAAAAACAUCAGAGACAUCACACUGGAGAAAAACCGUACGAAUGUAAUGAGUGUGGAAAAGCCUUCAGCUAUAAUUCAUCACUUAGUCGACACCAUGAAAUACACAGGAGGAACACUUUCCAAAAUAAUGUGUAAAAACAUAUCGGACAUGAGAACAAAAGCCAAGUGUACAUCGGUGAUUCUGUGCUUUGAAAUUCCAGAACUUAAAUAAAUGUGAUGAAUUGUGUAGUUAUGCCAAGAUUUAAUUUUGCCCAUUGUGUAAAUAAAUUGAUACUGACUACUAGCACCUCCAUACAAAGUACUAAAGAAUAAAAUCUGGCCCUUCAAAUUAAAUGAAUUCAGCAUUAUGAAAAA